GGCUCUGCCCUGACCACCACCGACGCUAGUCAAUCUACUCGGGACGCGAGCACCGACGUUCUCCUCGAGCCGUCGGGAGACGCUGGCGUCGAGGUACAGUGGUCGGGGGAGGAGGGCGGAGAACGGAGCGGGUCCGGGAAACUUCGGAGACGGCGGAGACCAUGGACGCGAGGAGGGCCGAUGGCUGAAGACGACGCAGCCGCUCCACCUGCUCGCCGUCGUCGUCGUCACCGUGGUGGUGGAUGGGGGAUUGGAGCAGAGAGGCUGUUCGAUGGCGUGGUGGUCGAAGGUUUGGGAGGCGUUGAAGGAGCCGAUCCCGGAGGAAGAAAGCCAAUAGCUAAGCUUUAUGUGUGCAUAUAUUCAUAUAUCCAGUGCUGCUUUUCACGUCGUGUAUGAGAAUUCUCAGCAAUGCGAAGGCACCCAACGAAUUCCUUCCAUCGACGGACGCUUCGGCCUCGCCAACCACCGCUUCCCCUGCCGUUAUGUGCCCCGAGACGAUAACGACCGUUUCCUCCCUGCUCAAGUCAUGCGCCCGCCCGAGCCACCUCAAGCAAGCGCACGCCCGCAUCCUCACCCUCGGCCUCCACCGCCGCAUCCCCACCCUCCUCUCGGCCGCCACCCUCGCCUACCUCUCCCUCGGCCUCCUCGACUCCGCCCUCCCACUCUUCCGCUCCGUCCCCAGCCCCUCUCCCUUCCUCUUCAACAUGGCUAUCCGCGCCUACGCCGCCGGAGGCCGCUUCCACGUCGCUCUCAGCCUCUACUCCACCCUCCUCUCCUCCGGCCUUCGUCCCGACAAGUUCACCUUCCCAUUCGCGCUCAGGUCCUGCGCCGCUCUCUCCGACCUGCGGGUAGGGAAAUUGCUCCACCAGCACUCCCUCUGUUUCGGGUGCGCUAGCGACCUCUUCGUGGCCGCCGCGCUGGUCGACAUGUACUCCAAGUGCGGCGACGUCUUCUGCGCGCGGCAGACGUUCGAUAAAAUGGCUAACAGAGAUUUGGUUUGUUGGACUUCGAUGAUCUCUGGGUACGCUCACAAUGGCCUGACCAUGGAGACGCUGGAGUUCUUCCGGCUCAUGCAACUCUCGAGCGUGAAGCCCAACCGGGUCAGCUUGUUGAGCGCACUCCUUGCUUGCGGCCGUCUUGGGGCUCUUAGGGGAGGAGAAUGCUUCCACUGCCUCGCGAUUAAAACCAGGUUCGAGCAUGACGUUUUGGUCGCUACUGCAGUCGUCGACAUGUAUGUCAAGUGUGGGAACUUGGAGUUGGCGAGGCUAAUGUUCGAUCGUAUUGAUAGCAAGGAUGUCGUGUGCUGGAGUACGAUGGUAGCAGGCUUCGGAUACCAUGGCCUAGCCAGAGAAGCCAUCUCUACAUUCGACAAUAUGGUGGAUGAUGGGGUGAUGCCAAAUGCUACCACCUUUACCAGUCUCCUUUCUGCUUGCAGCCACUCGGGGCUUUCGGAGGAGGGCAGAAGGUUCUUCGAUUCUAUGAAUCUGAAGUAUGGAAUUGAGCCAAAGAUGAAUCACUAUGCGUGCAUGGUAGACAUCCUUGGACGUGCAGGGAAGCUGCAGGAAGCUGAAGAGUUUAUAAAGCAAAUGCCCAUGGAACCAGAUACUAGUAUUUGGAUUUCUCUUCUUGGAGCUUGUCGAAUUCAUGGGGAUCUAGAUUUAGGAGAAAAAAUUGCAGACAAGAUCAUGAACAGAGACCACAACCAUGCUGGAUAUUUUGUUCUCCUCUCCAAUGUCUAUGCUGCUAAAUCAAGGUGGACAGAUGUGGAGAGAGUGAGGAAGCUAAUGGCAGGGAGAAGAGUGAACAAGGAUCAAGGCAUUAGCUUGAUUGAGUUCAACAACCAAGUUCAUAAAUUUGGAGUGGAUGAUAAGUCUCAUCCUCAUUCUCGGGAGAUAUAUGCUUAUCUUGACCAACUGAGUGUGCGGAUGAAACAAUUGGGUUAUGUUCCUUUGGUAGAUUUUGCACUCCAUGAUGUGGACGACGAGAGCAAGGAAAUUGCACUUUCUUAUCACAGCGAGAGGCUCGCCAUCGUCUUUGGCUUGAUCAAUAUGAAUCCCGGAACUGUGAUUCGUGUGACCAAAAACCUUCGUGUUUGUGGAGAUUGUCAUAAUGCAGUAAAAUUCAUCUCCAAAAUCGAGAGCCGAGUAAUCAUCGUACGAGAUGCAAAUCGCUUCCAUCAUUUUGAGGGUGGCAUCUGUUCUUGUCAUGAUCACUGGAUGCUUGAGAAAAGGAGCAUGACCUAUGUUGAUGGUCCCAUUCCAGUGCCUGCUGAUGAUUCUUUUUUUGUUGAAAAUGUAAAAAGAAUCUUAGUUUGUGACACAGAUGAGUGGGUGGAGAACCAUAAAGUCUUACUAUUUUGGCAAGUCAGACCGGUUGUGCAUGUAUAUCAGCUUAAUGAAGAGGGCCCAGGUGAGGAACCAAGUGGAGAUGAUAUGCUUUCUAGCUUCAACGAGUGGGUUCUACCAGCAAGAGAAUUUGAUGGAUUGUGGGAAAGCUUAAUAUAUGAAACUGGUCUCAAACAGAGGUUGCUGCGGUAUGCCGCUAGUGCUCUUUUGUUUACCGAGAGAGGUGUAGAUCCUUGCCUCGUGUCAUGGAACAGGAUUAUCCUUUUACAUGGACCUCCCGGAACUGGAAAGACAUCUUUGUGCAAAGCAUUGGCUCAAAAGCUUUCUAUACGUUUGAAGUCAAGGUACUCAUGGUGCCAGCUAGUAGAAGUCAAUGCUCAUUCAUUAUUCAGCAAAUGGUUUUCAGAAAGUGGAAAAUUGGUUGCGAAGCUUUUCCAGAAAAUCCAGGAAAUGGUGGAAGAAGAAAAUAAUCUUGUAUUCGUCUUGAUUGAUGAAGUCGAAAGCCUUGCUGCUGCCAGACAAGCGGCUUUGUCUGGUUCCGAACCAUCAGAUUCCAUAAGGGUUGUGAAUGCUUUGCUUACUCAGAUGGACAGAUUGAAAUCUUGGCCUAAUGUGAUAAUUCUCACGACAUCAAAUAUAACGACAGCCAUUGAUAUUGCUUUUGUUGACCGAGCAGACAUCAAGGCAUAUGUGGGCCCCCCUACACUUGAAGCACGAUAUGAAAUAUUGAGGUCAUGCCUACAAGAACUUCUGCGAGCUGGAAUUGUUACAUAUCCUCAGGAUCAAGUUCAUUUCCCGCUUCUCAACUAUUCUACUUUGAAAGAGACACUGCAUCCAUCUGAGACGACAGAGCUUGAAGGGCCGCUUCAUUUGUCGAGGAUUCUGCUUGAAGCUGCAAAAGCAUGUGAGGGAUCAAGUGGUAGGGCUUUGAGAAAGUUGCCUUUCUUGGCUCAUGCAGCUCUUUCUAACCCCCACGCUUGUGAUCCUAGAAGGUUUCUGUACACCUUGACAGAAACUGCAAGGAGAGAACUCGCUGAAUUGAAUGCUUAACAUUUCGAUGUGGUAAGUGACCUAUUGGCAUUGUCUAAAGAAUGUCAUCUCAUGUCAAUGGUGCUGUUUUUAGCUUAAUGAUACUGUCAAUUACAAAGUAGUUGUUGAAUGCACUUUUCAGUGUUUCACUAGUAUAAUCUUUAUCUGCUUCUCACUAAA